AUGAAUAAUGAACCUACAAAUAAUGAUGAGAAUUAUUUAAGAAAUAUAUUUAAUUGUACUGAUAAGAAAAUAAUAUUAUUUAAAUCUUACUUAAAAAACAAAUUAGAUAUUGAUUCUUUUACUUUAGGUGAAUAUUGUUUUAAACAUGAUGAGAAGUUCCAGAAAAGUGUGUUAUCAAAUAUCUUAAAAGAACAAAUAAUAAGUAAGAAGGAUAAGAAUAAAUUACAUUUAAUAAAUGAAAUAAUAAUAGAUACAUCAUUUUUUAAAGAGAAUUAUGAUUUUCAAUAUUUUUUAGAAAAUGUUUUAUUAUUAGAAGAUUUAGUUUUAAAAAAGUUGGAUAAUAAAUUAAAUGAUGAGGAUUUUAUAUUUAAAGAAAAUAAAAAAUUAUCUAUAAAUAAUUGGAAAGAAUGUUAUAGUCAUAUUAAGAAAAAAUUAAAUAUCAAAGGUAUGGAUGAAAAAAGUAAGAUAUAUAAUAAUUCUAUUUUAUUAUUUAAUUCUACUAAAUUUUCAUAUGAUGAUAUAAAUUGUUGUGAUUCUUUUUAUGGUUUAAAAGUAUGGGAUAUAUUAUUUAAUUAUGUAUCAUUCGAUUUUUUAAAUUAUUUAUUGUCUAAUACACUUAUAUUUAUAUCUGACUACUUUUUUAUCAAUACAAAUAAUAAUUUUAAAACAUAUAUAAAGUCAUCUUACUUUAUUAAAAUUGCAGAAAUACAAUUAAAUUAUCAUGAUGCACAAAAUGUAGAAAGAAAUAUUAUUUCAAACAAAAAAAAUUUAUAUUAUAAAAAUACAAAAUUAGUAAAAUUAACAUAUCAAAAAAAAAGCAUCAAGGAUAGUACAACACCAAAUUUAACUAUCCAAAAAAAAAAAAAAAAAAAAAAAAAAAAAUUCAGUAAAAAUAUAAAUACAAAUGAACAUAUAAAUAUAAAUAAUUAUAUAUAUAAUACAUUAAAUCAAAAUAAUGAAGUCAAUCAAUAUAAUGUUAAUCAUCUCAAUAUGGACAAAAAUAUUAUCUACAAAGAAAAGGAGUCGCAGAAUUAUACCAUUAAUAAUAAAUUAUUAAAUGAUCAACUUUUAUAUUAUAAAACAAAUAAGAAUAAUGUAAAUACACAUAUUUAUUCAAAUGAUAAUAAAACGCCUAUUAUUGCUAACCAGUGUAUAGAUAUACAUAACCGUGUAAGUGAUCCGACAAGGAAAAAUAUAUUUUAUCAUAGUAUAAACAGCCUUUCUUAUGAAGCAAGUUUGAAUAUUUUUCAUUAUAAUAAUCUGACACAACAUAAAACAUAUAUAGAUACACCAAAUAAAAGUCAAACAUGUAUAAAUACUCGUAUACAACAUGAAAUAGAUGAACAUUCAAAUAAUGAAUUAAAAAAUCAAAAAUGUACUCAAUAUGAAUAUGUAGAUAACAUAUGCACAACGAAUAAAAAUAUAUCAAACGAGAAUAUAAGUGAUAAAUGUAUGACUGCUAAAAAGACCCCUCUAAAAUAUAAUAUUAAUAAAAAAUAUAAAUACUUAUUAAAAAAAAAAAAAAAGAUAUACACAAAUAACGAUCAUUCAUAUGGAAAGUAUUUGUAUCUUGUUCAGUGCAGUGGUCGAAUUUUAAAAAAUGACUUUUUCAAGGACAUGAAACAAAUACAAGAAGAAAGAAAGAAAUAUACAUCAAAUAUUAAGAUGAACAAUGCAUAUACCAAUAAUAUAAUAAUCAACAACAACAACAACAACAACAACAAUAAUAAUAAUAAUAAUAAUAAUAAUAAUAAUAACAAUAAUGUGCAUAGUUUUGGACAUAUAAACAAUUUGUUCUCUUCUAAUAUAUUUCCUUCUUCUAAUAUUUCAAGCUGUACUAAUUACACAGAAAAAAAUGAUAAAUUAACACACAUAAAAGAGAAUUCCUUACUAAUAACAGAAAAUUCGUCAAAAAAAGAAAAGCUGUUACCGGAAAUAGAUUUCUUUUCUGAGGAUAGAAAGGGGAUAUCAUCGUCGGUUGGUUAUGACAUAAAAAAAAAGAAUGAUAGUAAUAUUAAAAGAUUUCAUAAUAAAAUAAAUAGAACGAAAGGAAAAAAAAAAAAAUGGAAUAAAAUAAUAAUCAAUAGAAACAACAUUUUACAACACAAUACAACUAAUAAAUGUAAAACCUUUCUAUUUAAUAAACACAUAAUAUUUGAUAAAAUAGAAAAUAACAAUAUUCCUUUAUUUAUUUAUGAUUUAUUAAACUAUAUAUUUAAAUCAGAUCAAACAUAUUUUUAUCAUAAUAAUUUUAUAGAUGAAUAUAAGCAGAAAAUCUGUAAACAAAUAAAAUGUUCAACCAAAAAAAAUGACAUAUCUCAUAUAAUUACAUUGAGGAAAGAAAAUAAUUUAUUUCAUGUACAAAAACUUGAAAAUAAUUAUAAACAUCCAAAUAUAAAUAAACAACUAAGAAAGACGAAAAUCUUGAAAUAUGUAUAUAAUUAUUUUAAUGAAUUUAUUAAUAAUGUAAUUAGUACAAAAUUUGGUAAAAUAUAUAGGAAAUUUUUUCCUCGAAAACAUAUAUUAAAUAAGAUACAUAAAAUAUUUAAAAUUAUAAGAUUACAAAUAAUAAAAAAAUAUCGUAUUAUAAAUAUACGAAAGAAUCGAAAAUUUAUUAAACAAAAAGUAUAUGAUACAUUUUUUAAAAAUUAUGAUUUCUUAUCAUUUUCAUUUAAAACGUAUAAGAUUAUUAAUUUUAUGGUAUAUAUAACCAAAAAAUGUAUACCUAUCAAAUUAUUAGGUAGUAAGCAUAAUUUCAAAAUAUUUUUAAAAAAUGUAAAAAGGUUUUUGUUAUUUAAUUAUAAAGAAAGUUUUUCGUUAAAUCAAGUAAUGAAAAAUAUUAAGGUAAAAAAUAUAUUUCAAAAAAAAAUAAGUAAAUAUAAUAAUAUAAAAAAUAGAAUUUUAUUAAAGAAUAUAUUUUAUAAUAAUUAUGAAAACAAAAUUUUACAUACAAAUAAUAAGGAAAUCAUAACAAAUAUAAAUGAUAACAUAAAAAUAUAUAAUAAAAAAAAUGAUAAUUUAAAUAAUUCAUUUAAAAUAAAAACAACGUUAUUCAAUAAAAUGAGGAGAAAAUAUUUUAAUAAAAUUAAAAAAAUUAAUAUAAGUAUACAAAAAAGACAUCUUAUGAAUAGAUUAAUAUAUUUCCUUUUUAAUUAUUUUAUUAUGCCACUAAUUAGAAGAUUUUUUUUUCUAACUAAAUCUGAGCAAACCUUACAUAAAACAAUUUUCUUUGAUAGAAAAAUUUGGAAUCAUUUUACGAAAAUUUCGAAUUUUUGUCUUUAUCAUCAAAUUUUUAGGAAUAAAAAGUUAAAAAAAAGAAAUGAACCCAAAAUGGAUAAUGUACAAAAUAUAUUCAAUGUGAAGAAAAAAGGUGAAAAAAUAAAAACAAAUAAAUAUACAUUUAUUAAUAAAAUGAAAAAAAAGAGCACUAAUAAAUCUAUAAAUAAUGAAUUUUCAAAAAAAUGUAUCCCUAAAAAAAAAAAAAAAAAUUUAUAUAACAUCACACGUCAUAAUAAUAUAUUUAUUAAAAAGGAUAUGGAAACACAAUCAAAAACUAAUAAUUUAAUUAAUAAAAGUAUAGAUAAUUUAUACAAAUUAAAGGAAAUUAACAAAAAAAACGUUAGACCAUAUAUCAAAAAAUUUUACUAUAAAAUAAAAAAAAAAUAUUUUGCUCUAAAAAAAAUGUAUAUUCAUAUGAGAAUGACAAAAGAAGGAAAAAGUAACAUAAAAUUAGAAAGAACAUUCAACCAUUUUUUUAUUUUUGCUCAAGAAAAAGAACACAUAUUGAAAUAUUUUAGUUCCCAUUUUUUUCGAAAUGGAAAGAUAAAUUAUGGUAAACGAUUUAAUAAACUAAUACAUCGAAUAAAAAAUAUAAUAAUAAAGCAAAACAGUGGAAUUGUUAAAAAUAAGGAUAAGAUGUUUUUACAUUUAAUCAAAAAUAAAAGUAACAAAAAUAACAAAAAUAACAAUAACAAGAAGAAGAACAACAAAAAGAAGAACAACAAAGAGAAGAACAACAAAAAUAAUAAUAACAACAAUAAUAAUAAUAACAAUAAUAAUAACAACAACAAUAAUAAUAAUAACAAUAAUAAUAACAACAACAAUAAUAAUAUUAAUAACAACAACAACAAUAAUAAUAUUAAUUACAACAACAACAAUAAUAAUAUUAAUAACAACAAAUGUGAACUAUCAAAUUCCAAAAGGAAUAAUAUAAGAAAUCAUAAUAAUAAAAAAAAGGUUAAACAUAAUGAAAAGAACAAUGGUGAUGAUUCCAAUUUAGAAAAAAAAAAAAAAAAAAUAUACAUAUAUAAAAUAAAAAAUAUUAUAGAGAAAAGAAAUUUUAUGUUAAAAUUAAAUUCAAUCAAUCAUUUUAUAUCUAAAAAGUUAAGAAUUAAUUGGAUACCAAAAAAAAAAGGAUUAAGACCUUUAAUUAAUUUGUCUACUUUAAAUGUACCAGAAAUUGUCAAGCAACGAAUUUUUGAAAUUUUGAAAAGUAAAAAAAGCAGUGAAUUUUAUUUCCAUAAUAUUUUGAAUAAUUUAGAAAGAGAAAAGAAAGAUAAAAAUAUAAAGAAAAGGAAAAAAUAUAAUAAAAAAAAUUUUAACCCUGUAUCAUUAAACAAUAUAUGUAAUUUUUCCCUUAAAUGUUUAGGUAAUAUGAGACAUAAUAAUAAUUCCUUAUUUAAAAAUACAUUAACAAAAACAGGAGAAAUAGAAUUAAAAUUAAAAAAAUGGUUACAUUAUUUAAAGAAUUGGUUUUAUAGAAAAAAACGAAUGAAAAAGUAUAUUAAAAAUAAAUUAAAAAACAAUAAAAAGAUAUAUGCAUAUAUAUGUAUUGGAGAUUUCUCAAACUGUUAUGAACAUAUAAAUCAUAAUUAUUUAUUCAAGAUUUUAAAAAAUUUCUUUGAUAAUAUAAAUAAUUUUGAAUUUAUUUAUUUAUUUAAAAGAUCUUUUAGAUUGUAUAAUAAAAAUUUAAAUAAUUCCUUUUUAUCCUAUUACCCAGUUAAUGUAAAAUCUUUUGGUUUACAUUAUAUAAGAAACUUACGAGAGCUUAUAAUAAAGUCACAUCUGAAUGAUAAUCAUCACUUUUUAUUAAAUCAAAUGUUUAAAACCAAAUCAAAAUCGGAUUUAUACAUUUUUGCCGAUUCAUAUAAAAGUCUUCAAGUGGACAAAAGGGAUAUUUUCAUGACUAUAAUAACUGUUAUUAGAUAUUACUAUCUCAAUAUAUAUUUUAGUAUAAAAGAAUUAAAACUUAAUAGGAAAAAUAUUUUCUAUUUUCAAAUAUUUCAGGAAAAUCAAAUGAAGGGUGUUUAUUUGAGUGUGCGUGAUAAGAAAAGGGUUGAAAAUAUUAAAAACUGGUAUUUAAACAGCAUGAAAAAAAUACAUCAGGACGAAAUCCUAGAAAGUUUAAAAAAUUCAUCCAUAAAUAUAAAUAAUAAAAACCUUAUGAUAGGUACCAAUCAUGAGCACGAUACAGAAGAAAAAGGAAAUACACAAAAUAAGAAGCAUGAUAUUUAUAUUGGACCAAUAUAUAAUAAAUCAUUCGACAGUACAACAACGACAGAUAGUAGUAAUAAUCAUAAAGGGAAUAAUAUCCAUGUGAGUGGGGAUUAUAAGAAUGAUGGGCUAUUACAUAAAGGUAUUAAUAGUAGGAAUGAUUGUUAUGUGAAGGACAUAAAAUGUAAUAAUAAUAAUAAUAAUAAUAAUAAUAAUAUUAAUAUUAAUAGUAAUAAUGGUUAUAAUAAAUUAAAAUGUGUUACGAAUAAUAGCAAGAAUGACAUAAUUAAAUACCAUAAAACUAUCGACACAGAUAAUAGUAAAAAUCAUACUUACUUUAAAAAUAAAUUCCUAAAUUUUUUGGAUAAAAAAAUUAUCAGUAAUAUAUAUGGUUUACCACAAGGUUUUAGCUUAUCUAAUAUAUUGUGCUCCCUAUAUUAUGCAUAUUUAGAUAAAAAUGAAGAAUUUCAAAAUUUAUUAUAUUCAGAAAAACAAAUCAAUAAUAAAUAUUUCUUAGCAAAUGGAACUUGUAAUUAUUUCAAUUUAAAUUCACUCAUACUCCGAUUUAUUGAUGACUUUUUAUUUAUAACUCUUAAUAAAAAAAAUAUUAAAAUUUUUAAAAACUUACUAUUAAAAAAAAAAAUAUGGGGAAGUAAUAUUAAUUCAUCCAAAACCAAAAUUUUCAAAAUACCACUUAUAUAUAAAAAUGAUUUACUAAUAUAUAAUUUUCGAAAUAAAUACCAACAAAAAAAAAAACAUAAAAUAAAAAAUAAAAAAAAAAUACAAAAUAUAAGGAACAAACGGAAACAUAAUCAGCUAGUCAAUGCUAAUAAAAAAAAACACACAUCUGUACAAAAAGAUAAAAUAAAUAAAUAUAUAAAUGUCAUACAUCCAACAAUACAAAAAAAUGAUUAUGUCAUGUCUUCUAAUUCUAUUAUGAAUUUUGAAAUGAUAUAUAAUAAAGAAAGUCAUAAAAGUAACAGUUCAAUACGUACGGACAUUCCGAAUAGUGUUGUAAAUGACGAUAUAGAAUAUAAUCAAAAAAGUGAUAAUAAUUCUUACAGUACUAAUAAUUUAUACAACAAUAUGAAUAUGACUCAAAAUAGUGAUAAUAAUAAUGUUAGUAUUUUUAAACAAGUACAAAAUCAUUGUUUUCAAUGUUUUAAUAGUAACAACUUAUAUAUUGAAAAGGAUAUAAAAGAAAAUAAUAUUUCACAAAUUAACAGAAAGUUAUGUUCUAAAGGAAAUUUUACAAAAAAAAGUAGAAAAAUAAAUACUUUGACAUAUUUACAAAUUGAUAAAAUUAUAAAAAUCUUAAAAUGUAAGAAGAAAUAUAUAAAACAUAUAAAAAAGAUGAAGUAUAUGAAUAAUUUUCAAAAAUUACAAAAAUUACAAAAAUUACAAAAAUUACAAAAAUUUCAUAAUAUCUCUUUUGAAUUAAAAAUUAAUAAAAUUAAUAAAAAUAUUAGACGAUUGAAUAAAUUAAAAAAACGUAAAAAUCAUUCUAUAAACAUUGCUCCUGUUACUUCUAUAGAAUGGUUAAAUAAUUCAUACACAUUUGAUUUUAUAAAUAAUUCUAUACAAAGUACUUCAUAUCCAUGGAAAAAUAAAUGUGAUGCUACUAUUAGAAAUCAUUUACAUCUACAUAAUGUUAUUAUAGAUAAAAAUAAUAAAACUUAUUUUAUGAAAAACCUAGUUGAAAAUAGAAUUGUACGAAAUAUUAUAUCCAAACAAAAAAAAUGUCAAUCCUUAUAUAAGAAUAAGCAAAAUGUAUAUUUCUGUUAUAAAAAUAAUUUUACCUUAUUAAAAUCAUCUAUAUUAAAAUUCAUAUGUUGUAUUAAAACACUCAAAAAAAUGUUUAAUGCAUUUACCAAUUCCACAUAUAACACAAAAUUUAUAUUAUUUCUCAUAUCGUAUAUGAAUAAAAUGUUAAUAAAAAAUAAAAAGCUCAAAUUUGUCAAAUUGUUUUUAAUUCAAACUGCAAUCGAAGCCUUCCGUUAUGCCAGAAUUUUUAAUCAGCAGGAUUCCUUUUAUCCGUGUCUCCAACAUUUCAGGAAAAUCAAAAAAAGAUUAAUUAACAAAUACAAAAUUGGACAUAACAAAAAUUUAUUGCGAGAAUUUUUUUUCCUGUUUAAUUUUAUCAAGAAAGAGUUGUAUAAUUCAUGGCCUUACAUGUUCAAAAUAAAAAAUUAA